UAUAUUCUUCCCUUUUUUUUUUCCCUUUAGUUCAAAUGAAAAUCUCCACAAGAACUAUGGAAAAGGGUGGGAUUGAAGGUGGUGGAUGUUUGGAUGGUACGGCGUAUGUGGAUGAGAUUUGCGUAGGAGAUGGAAGGUUUUUGAUGAGGAAAAAGGUUGUUUUUAAGGAUGUUGAGAAGGAGGAAGAAACGGGCUUGGUCAAGAAUGUUUGUUUUUCAGAUGAAUCAUCUUCUAUAGGAAAAAACAGCGAUGUCUCCGAGAAUUCAAUGGAGAAUUCAGGUGAUGGUGAAGAGGUUCAGAGUUCAUAUAAAGGGGCACUAGAUGCCAUGGAAGCCUUGGAGGAAGUUUUGCCUAUAAGGAGGGGCAUCUCAAGGUUCUACAAUGGGAGAUCCAAGUCAUUUACAACCUUAUCCGACUCAUCAUCUUUAUCCUCUAUAAAGGACCUUGCCAAGCCAGAAGACGCAUACAUGAGGCGACGCAGGAACCUGCUGGCUUGCAGCCUCAACUGGGACAAGAAUCGCAGUUGUUCCCCACUGAGAAGCAACGGUGGUGGGAUAUCAAAAAGAAUGACUGGCUCGCCCCGGACAACAUUGGCUUUGGCUGUAGCCAUGAGCAAUUCUGACAUAGAUACGCAGGGUGGAGAAUGCAAUUCUCCUGGAUCAUUGUGGGUGUCUUCUCGAAGGAGGAACUUUCCUGUCUGGAGAUCAUUGUCUUAUGCUCAUCUGCAGCCGUGUGCUUCAGUUGCCAGCACUUGUACAGACUCAAAUCAGUCAACUACAGAGACAUCUUGAGGGAUGUUCAUUGAGGUAUUUGAGUUUGGUUAUGAAGAUCAUCUCUAUUUGACAUCCACAUAUGUGAUGGCAAUGGAGAGUAUCGUGAUUAUCAUCAUGAUAUUAUUAGAUGUUGUGACGGUACAUGUAAAUUCAAGAAUAAUAGGUCUAGUUGGAUAUUUCUAGCAAGAGUCACUGACAUCAAAUCUAGAUAAGUACUAGUCAAUAUUAUUGGAUUAUUGGCUGAAUGUUUGAACUACAAUGCAACUGACAUGUGCAGUUGAAGUUUUUUGGUCUGGUCAGAAUGAAAAUGUUGAAUUCCAGAGGCUGAAAUUGAAUUGAAUUCAGCCAAAAACUCAA